GAACGCCGAUGCUGAUACGUGUGCUGAGAGGUGUCGACGAGAGUCAAUCGAGUGAAGUAUAAAUUGGACCCAAUUGUUUGAUUACGGCACAGUUCAAUCGAUCGUUUAGUGCUGUGAACAACUGGACCUCUUUUUUCGCCGACAAAAUGGCUUACAAGUUCCUGACCCUCUGCGCCCUGGUGGCUGUUGCUAGUGCUGGAGUCAUUCCCGCUGCCCCACUUGCUUACUCCUCUCCACUUCUUGCGGCUCCUGCUCAUUUGUCCUACGCCGCUCCGGUCACCAAAACUCUGGUCGCUGCACCGCUCGCCAAGACUGUCGUCGCCGAUGAGUACGACCCGAACCCACAGUACUCCUAUUCGUACGGAAUCUCUGAUGCUCUGACCGGUGACCAGAAGUCCCAGCACGAGUCCCGCAGCGGAGAUGUUGUUCAGGGAUCGUACUCCGUUGUUGACCCAGAUGGCCACAAGCGUACCGUCGAGUACACCUCCGACCCACACAACGGAUUCAACGCCGUCGUCCACCGUGAGCCAAUCGGUCACGUCAAGGCCGUUGCCCCAGUCCUUGCCGCUAAGACCAUUGUUGCCCAGCCAGCUUUGUCCUAUGCCGCCCCAGUCGCUAAACUGGCCGCUGCCCCAGUAGCCUACGCUGCCCCAGCUUACGCGUACCACCAUUAAUCGAUCGAACCUGUCAUCUGUCAUCAAAGUACAACGCAUUGAACCCGAACCCCGAUUUGGAAUAUGUUUUUUGAUUUCUGUGUUUCAACACCAGUCUUAUUUUCUUGGAUUAUGGUUUGAACGCAGGCGGAACCGAAACGCGGUUUCUCGCCGACCCUGUAACAUAAUGGAACCCAGCAACUAUUUAUUGUUAGUUACGAAUACAUCAUGAGUAUUAUCGAUGCA